GCCACAGCAGCGAAGCCUUCAGUGCUGCGAGUGUGUGUAUGUGAAUGUGUGUGUGUAUGUGUGCGCGCGCGCGCGUGUAUGUGUGUGUGUGUGUAUGUGUGUGUGCCUGCGCUACAGGCGCGGGGAGUGUCAUAACUCUGACCUCUGGCGGGAGCGGCGGUAUCCGGGCGGUCGCGUCACUCACAGAGCAGGCGGCGGGGAGAGUGGGACUGCUAAAGGCAGGGCAGCCGAGGCGCAGGGCAUGGAACCGGCAAACCCGGUCUGAGAACGCUACCGCUAGCGGGCUCCAAGCACACCGCAGCCACAGACGCGGCUCCCAUUCCGGAGCCAUCCAAACUUUUUCUUUCUCUUUUGCCCCCUCUACAAAGGCGAUUUACGAAGUGGGCGGAUAAGUCGGCGGCCGAGCCUGAGGCAAGCUGGACGCAGCAUGAUGCGCAGAGUAUGGGAGGCGCUGGCAGCUCUGGCGGCCGUGGCGUGCCUGGUGGAAGCGGUGCGCGGGGGGCCGGGGCUGAGCAUGUUCGCGGGCCAGGCGGCACAGCCUGACCCCUGCUCUGACGAAAACGGGCAUCCCCGCCGCUGCAUCCCUGACUUCGUUAACUCGGCUUUCGGCAAGGAUGUGAAAGUGUCCAGCACCUGCGGACGACCCCCGGCCCGCUACUGCGUGGUGGUGGAGCGCGGCGAGGAGCGGCUGCGCUCUUGCCACCUCUGCAACGCUUCUGACCCCAAAAAAGCGCACCCGCCCACUUUCCUCACUGACCUCAACAACCCGCACAACCUGACCUGCUGGCAGUCUGAAAACUACCUGCAGUUCCCGCACAACGUGACACUCACUCUCUCCCUGGGCAAGAAGUUUGAGGUUACCUACGUGAGCCUCCAGUUCUGCUCACCAAGGCCCGAGUCCAUGGCAAUCUACAAGUCCAUGGACUACGGGCGCACUUGGGUGCCUUUCCAGUUCUAUUCUACGCAGUGCCGCAAGAUGUAUAACCGCCCCCAUCGGGCUCCCAUCACCAAGCAGAACGAGCAAGAGGCAGUAUGCACCGACUCACACACAGACAUGCGCCCGCUGUCCGGUGGUCUGAUCGCCUUCAGCACACUGGACGGGCGACCCUCUGCGCACGAUUUCGAUAACUCUCCAGUCUUGCAGGACUGGGUCACUGCCACAGACAUCCGCGUGGCCUUCAAUCGGCUGCAUACCUUUGGCGACGAGAACGAAGAUGACUCAGAGUUGGCGCGGGACUCUUAUUUCUACGCCGUUUCUGACCUGCAGGUGGGCGGCCGCUGCAAGUGCAACGGCCACGCGGCCCGCUGUGUGCGCGACCGCGACGACAGCUUAGUGUGCGACUGCAAGCACAACACGGCGGGACCAGAGUGCGACCGCUGCAAGCCAUUUCAUUACGACCGACCCUGGCAGCGGGCCACGGCCCGGGAAGCCAACGAGUGCGUGGCCUGUAACUGCAACCUGCACGCCCGCCGCUGCCGCUUCAACAUGGAGCUCUAUAAGCUGUCCGGGCGCAAGAGUGGGGGUGUCUGCCUCAACUGUCGGCACAACACUGCUGGGCGCCACUGUCAUUACUGCAAAGAAGGCUACUACCGAGAUAUGAACAAACCAAUCACUCACAGAAAGGCCUGCAAGGCAUGCGAUUGCCACCCCGUGGGUGCAGCUGGCAAGACCUGUAAUCAAACCACAGGUCAAUGUCCUUGCAAAGAUGGUGUGACUGGCAUCACAUGCAAUAGAUGUGCCAAAGGUUACCAGCAAAGCCGAUCUCCCAUUGCCCCCUGCAUAAAGAUUCCUGUGGCUCCACCCACCACUGCGGCCAGCAGCAUAGAGGAGCCAGAAGACUGUGAUUCCUACUGCAAGGCCUCCAAAGGGAAGCUGAAGAUUAACAUGAAAAAGUAUUGCAAGAAGGACUAUGCUGUCCAGAUCCACAUUUUGAAGGCUGAUAAAGCUGGGGACUGGUGGAAAUUCACUGUCAACAUCAUCUCCGUAUACAAACAAGGCACCAGCCGGAUCCGGAGGGGGGACCAAAGCUUGUGGAUCCGCUCAAGGGACGUGGCUUGUAAGUGCCCUAAAAUCAAAGCCUUGAAGAAAUACCUACUGCUUGGAAAUGAUGAGGACUCUCCCGAUCAGAAUGGCAUCGUGGCUGAUAAAACCAGCCUGGUGAUCCAGUGGAGGGACACGUGGGCACGGCGGCUUCGGAAGUUCCAACAGCGGGAGAAGAAGGGGAAGUGUAAGAAGGCCUAGUGAGGAGCAGCCUGAGCUCCAGUGCCAAGAGGGCGUGAAAGAGAGAAUGCAUGCAAGAGAAUGAUUGAGCGAUGGAGUGUGCGGCUGCUUUGUGUAGACCUUGGAGCAGACAGAAUUGGAAUGGGGAUGGUGGUGGAUUUCACUUUGUCAUGGGGCUGGGGCUGGGGUAGGGCUGGGGCUGGGGAGAAGGUGAGGGGGUGGGAAAGACGGGGCUGGGAGCGCCCUCCUACUACUGGGACAGACGCCACUGAACGCAAAAGCAAGCGGCCAUGGGAAGUUGGGGCCUAGCCGAAGACCUCAAAUGGCAGCAUCCCCUCCUAGCUAGCACCCCCUGUAGGUGAAGGGGAAGAAAGCCACAUAUAUCCAUAAUUGUGGAAACCUGCAAAAGCUGCUGGUUCCAAAGCCCACACAUACAGGAACAGGAUGUAUAGGCCUGCAGUCAAGCCCAGGGCUUCUGCAGCUGCUGCUGCUGCUGCUGCUACAGCCUUUCCACACCCCCUCCCUCAGUCCCAAAGGGCCUGAUAUUGGAUGAGAAUUCAGUCAAAGAGGACAGACCAUGCAGGAGAGGUAUGGGCAGGCGACCUUUCCUUAAUGGGCCUCGGUUUUCACUUGGUAAAAUGAGGAUGCUAUUUACCUACCUCAUGGGGCUGUUUAGAGAUCAAAAGUGCUUCCUUUCCAAGUACUAAGUAUUAUUAUCAGAAAGAAGUCACUGAGUGUGUGCUGUUCAUUUUGCAGACCUGGCCUAGGUAAGGAGCAUGUAAAGGGUUCUGUCUGAAUCUUUACAAGAUUUGGGAAGAACACUUUCGUGUUACUUGAAUUCAAAUGUAUCAUUAAAAUCUUGGUGUUGGCAAUGAAGUGAACUGUGGUAUGAACAGAAUUAGGAUAGCUGUGAAUUCUCCAACUAACAAUCUAGGUGAUUUAACCAAUGGUGGGCUGGGUUCCUUAAGAGUAACAAUGCAGGGUAUUAGCAUGCCAGAGUCCUCCCUCUACCUACUCCAUUUCCCCUGACAUUGUUUCCAGAUCCCUCUGCCUCUCUGUGGCAGGAUUGUAUUUGGUCCUCCCCUUUUUAUCCAUAUCACCGUGGGCUGCCCCAGAAUAUGGCCCUUCCAAGAUUGAGGAAGCAAGGUGGCCCUUAUCUCUGUCCCUGAUGACCUACUUUGUCCCACUUGUCCCUAAAGGGAAUGGGAGGUUAAAUCAAUUGACAUGCAUUGAUUAAGCACCUACUAUAGAGUCAGGUAAAGUUGUGUGGGUCUUGGAGCAAGCAAGUGUCCCUAUCAAAGAAGCUCAGCUCACAGCUCACUGUGCCAAUGUUCAGGAAGGGUCUGGGCUAUGCAUGGUGCCCUGUUCCCAGGAGUCUUAGAUGAUCACUUCAGAGAGGCCCCGAGUUGGGUGGGCGGCCUAUGCUGGUUCCAUCUCAAAGAGAGGAGGCCUGGACCAGGAGGAGUCAAAGUCAAAACCUCCCAGAUCGUUUCCUCUUUGGAAACUUGGAACCAGCCCCUUUUAUAACAUUUUCCAGGAGGGGAGGGGGCAGGGAGCAUUGCUGCCUAGUUUUAUAGCAGUGACAUUAUUUAUGUAAUGACAUCAGUUCCCAGAAUGCACUGCAACUGGAAAGUGCCUGGAGAGCAAGUGGAAUGAAGGGUGGGGAGUCAGUGGGCCCCUGGCCCUGGGGAAGAUGAUUUGUUCUAAGCCAGAAUGACUAGGGAGGCCUACAGAACCGACCCUAGAGGUGAAGGCUAGGUUUUACAUGUCAUUCUCUUCCCUCCUCCUUCCCUCACCAUUGAAGCUGCUGGGAAGGCUUCACUGAAAUAAUGCCUACUUCCUCUAGCUCUGCCCUCAGGUUAUAUUUCCUUUUGGCAUGUGCCAGAGCCUCAUGGAGGCUACUAGCCUGGCCAAGAACCAAGAGAUUAGGGCCAAGGAAGCCUGCUGUGCAUCUCCUGUCUAACAUAUUUCAAAGCCCCUGGGCUCAUAGCCCUAUAGCUGCCCAUGGACCCCUUCCAACCUAGGCUGGCCCCUGUGGAGCUGAGCACAGGGACACCCCCCCUGCCUCAUGGGACUGGAUACCACCUUCCCCUUGAAAUCAUUCAUCUGCCUUUAGGGUGGUCCCAUUUUUCUCUGAGAAACCUGUUCAACAAGGAGGACUGUCACUGAGUCACACUGUCCCAGCGAAACUUGAAUUCUUCCUGUUUUGGAGAGUCUUCUACAGGGCCUUCCCCCCCCCCCCCCCCGUUCUCUCAGGCAUCUCCAAAUUUUACCAUGAAUUCCCUGCCACCAAAAUGUGUGCUUGGCCACUCCUGGAUCAGAAAUGCUAGGCAGGGACCUGAUGUAAGGCUGUCUUGUUACUCCCUUUCUUGUAUUUCAGGACCAGUUCUCUCAAGGUCAUUUCCCAACUCAUAGAAUCUCCGAGUUGUAAGGGAUCUCAGUCUUCUUUAUAGCAUAUCUGACUAGAGGUCAUCCAGCCUUUGCUGGCCUCCCAUUUCUGGAUAGUGCUAAUUGUUAGGAAGUUUUUCCUCUGUCAAACUGCAUUUGUUUCUUUGCAACUUCCUCCUGUUUUUCCUAGUUCUGCUCUCUGGGAUCACGCAGAACAACUAUCUGAUCCCUCUUCCACAUGAGAGACUUGCAAAUACUUGAAAACGGCUAUUGUAUUCCUUCCAAAACUUUUCUCUACACUAAACAUCCCCAUUUCUGUCAAUUGAUCUUGAGGUGACACGAUCUCAAGUUUCUUCACCAUCCUGGUUGCCCCUUCACUGGACACUCUCUAGUUCAUGAAUGGUCUAAUUAAAGUGUGUCAGAACUGAAUCCAGUAGUCCAGCUGUGGCCUGACCAAGGUAGACUAGAGGGGAGCUCUCCAUUCCCAGGUCCUGGAUACUGUGCCUCUCAGUGUAACCCAAGACUUUUCACAUUGUGGACUCUUGCUGAUUUUACAAUUCAUUAAAACUCCCUAAGUAAUUUUUUUUUCAGAUGAACUAGCCUUAUACUUAUGAAAUUGAUUUCUUGAGCCCAAAUGUAGGAUGUUACAUUUUCCCCUUUUUCAUCUCAUUAAAUGUAGCCCAGUGUUCUGUCCCAUUGAGAUUUUUUUUUUAGAUCCUUAUUUGUCCAAUAUUUGAGUUGCUUGGUAUGCUUGGCAUGCCUCAACCAUGUCCCUUGCCCAGGAAUAAUACCAAGGAAGAUGUUGGCACUUGGGGUCAAUUGACUUGCCUUCUCUUUACCUAUUUCUCAUGGAGGAGACUGUGUUUCCAUGACCACCCAGCCCCCCAAGUCUGACUCUCCUACAGUAAGCUCCCCUGGUAGUACAGUGAGUGACAUUAGCCAUUAGCUUGAAUGGUUGUGUGUAGAUUCAGUUUAAUAGGGUCCCCAUCCUGGGAGUCUUCCAAGAGGGUCUGAAUUGGAAAGGGUAACAGGACAGAUAUUUCCUAACAAUCAUCACCACAGGGCUUAAGGAUCAAGUGUAUCUGAUCCUAUAUCCCUGUUAAGAAGCUUCCUGAGGUCUGGAGCUCCAUACCUUGGUCAUCCAGGGAAGGAUAUUUCUUUCUACUAUCCCUGCCCAAAUUGACUGAGGCAGAUCCUUGCCUCUGACCAGAUGAGCCCUGGGACAUAUUUGCUCCCCAGCAGAGUUGGAAGGGCUGAGAUGUGGGGGAAGAAGGGACGUGAAGGCAUGCAGGAGGUAUCGCUGGCUGGUCAGAGCUCAGGAAUAAAUGAAGGACCCCGCUAGUGAAGAAAUGAACAAAUGCGGUGGAGGACUGAAAUUCCUUUAUCCAAGAAUGCCUUUGAAUCAGUGAAUAGGAGAAUGUGUGCUAAGACACACGAGAAAAUUGUUCUUAACUUCAUUGGGCAGCUUCUAAGCUCCCUACAAACAUUUUAGUUUUUCUCUUCAACAUGAGAAACUUACCUGUGUGCUCUCCCCUGUCCUCUCCAAGUUCUUGCCCAAUGGGUCUCGACUUUCUUUAAGGUCCUUUGUGUGGAUGACUGUAGAAGCUGUGAGUUUGUUGAACUCCCCCAUUGAAGACUAGCAGGUGACCUGAGGCUAUAAGGCCAGAGUUCCAAACAAAGGCUGGACAGCUAUGUUGUGGAGGAGAUUCUGGCACGGCCUGGGAGGCAGGACUAGAUGACCUUUAAUCAGACUUCUUCUGAUUGGAGGAGACAAGUUCACUCCUUAGGGCUUGCAGCAGACUGCAGGCUUUCUUAUGCCAGGAGAGCAAAGAUCACAGGCUGGAGGAGUUAGCCCAUUCUCCCUGAAGACUCUGGAACUCAGUAGCUAUUGCUUAAGCUCUGAGACCUACCAGAAGCGUGCAGGGGAUACUGAGCUGUAAACAGGGAUCAGGUAAGUUUCUGCUAGGAGUUUACUGCAGGAAGAAAAAAUACAGUCUUGACAGUUCCCUUUAGGGAACCAGCCCAGAUCCUCCCAAACUCCUGUUCCUCUGGUCCUUUGUUUUCUCAAACUGAUACGGGGUUUUGUGAAGCUAGAACCAACUGUAUGCAUCUGAGCUGCCCCUUCUUUGGGUCACAGCCUCCUGAAUACCCAGGAAGGCAUGAAAUUCUCAGGCCCCCAUGCUUAGCUAUUUCUGCCCAGAACCAGUGACCAGCAUGCUGUUGUGGCUUUCACCAACUAGUUGUGGUUAAAGUCACUUAACCUCUUUGGGCCUCAGUUUCCUCAUCUGUAAAAUGAGGGGGCAGGAUCCUUCCAAUUCUGACAUUCUGUAACCAAUUCCACUCUCAAACCUCGACCAGCCCUGCUCAGCAUCCUCAUGACCUUCACCUGGCGUCUCCUGGGCCUGGUUAUCCUAUUCUCUUCCUGAUAAUAAUUUGCCUUCCCUUUUUUCAGCUUCAUGCCCAGGGAAUAUGGUUUGAGUACUCCAGAGACCCAGAGUCAUCUUCCCUGUGGUUAGUUUGGUUCAGUCCUGUUGCUACCUAUUUCUGCAGUUGUAGACAUGCUGCCAGAUUUGACAGGCUCAGCUAAGUUUUGCUGGCCACUGCUGCAGUCCUUCAAUUUGAUUUUCAGAGUGAAUGUGUUCUCUUACCCCCACCUUUCCUGAAUGUAAAUGAAUCAAACCACAAGAUCCUUCUGGUUCCAGCCACCAGGACAGAGGAAAAACUAGGCAGUAAUAGUGAUGAUCCCACCUGCCCUUGGGACAGCCUGUCAUUCGGCUUCUGGGAAAGAGAAGGAAAUAAAAAUUGAGGUGCUCCUGUUUGUAUACUUAGGAUGAUAUGUAAAAUUGAACUAGGUUUUGGAGAGUUUAUUAACCAGAAAUGUUAUCAUAGGUAUUUAAAGAAAAAGUCUUGAGACUAGUCUUAAAAGAAAAAUCCCCAGUUGUACUUUUUCUUACCCAGUGGGAGCUCAGUGGGUGGUCUGGACCCUUUGGCCAACUAAUGAGCCCCCCUACAUUAGUUAAAAGUAGUAACACUAGGAAUUAGGAGGGGGUUGCUUUGGAAAGGGGGUGUCUGGCAAGGUGGACACCAGGGACUUUUCUCAGACUUGCUCCAAUCUGGGUUAAAGAAAAAGCCCUUCUAAAAUGCCCAUCCACUUAACUACCAGAUGUUUGGUGGAAGAUGAAGACACUACCUGGGAAAAAGGCAGAGCAUCAUUUUCCCUACUGAGCAGAGGGCACUGAGAGGCACUUCAGUUUCCCUGGUACUAGGCUAAGAAAGCUUUCAGAACUGGUUGUAAUGGGAUGGAGGGGGUAGGGUUUGUCAAAGUCAGAAUAAAGAGAAGAUGACUGGGAGCCAGCCCAUAAUGCCCUGUGUUGUCAUCAGGUUCAGUUUCAACCUGUGUAAAACAGGGUCAAGACUUUUCCCCAGAUGUGGCACAUCAGUUAGAAUGGCUAAUGACAGCCCAGAAGAGACUUUGACUUCAUGGCUGAAACAAGUGUUAGAAAAUCGUGUCUCUGAAACGCUGCAGAACAUGGUGAGGCAUGGAAGUUGUGUAAGUAAAAUGAAGGCCUUUAGUUCCUCAAUGAGGAGGCCAAACACGCAGGAAUAUAUUCAGAGGGCUAAAGUACCUACACAUUCCUGCAAGCAACAGAUGUGCACAAACCACAGGAGAAUUUCAAUGUUAGUGGGGUUCCUCUGUGCCCUUCCCCCCCAAAAAAAACCCAGCUCGUUUUGUGAUUGAAGUUCUCCCCUGCCCCAUGAUCCUGGAUGUGCUACUUACCCUAUCUUCCUUCCACGUGGAUCCCUUUCUAUGUCUGAUUUCUGUUUGGAAUUGUAAAUGUAUAGCUGUGACCAUGGCAUACUGUUUGGGUCAAUGUUCCUUUCCAAUGCAUACUAAUAUAUUAUGGUUAUUAUAUAUGAAUAUAUUUAAUGACAUGGGAAAAGUUGUGGAUUUUCUUAUUUUUUUUAAGUUUUGAUUUUUGUUGUUGUUGUUGUUGUUAGAGCUGCAAUGGAACCAGAUGGAGCUUGUAAUGUGGGCCCCGACUUGGUAGAACUAAAUUCGAGAGCAGUUGAAUAAACUCUUGUACACUGCCCUGUC